ACUACAAAACUGAAGAAAACGAGUAGAGCAAAUAUAUAUAUACUUACUCGCCGGAAAUGUACACAUAUAUAUAUUUACGUAAGAAAUUGCCUAUAAGCAAGAGAGGAGGGUCGUGAGAGGUCUAGGAAUACUUCCCAAUAAAUUCCAGACCGAUUCGUAGUCACCGGAGCAUCCUAGAGGUCGCCGGAGUUGCAAGCCGUGGAAACGGGUCUUCAGAAAAGACACGAUUUUGCCGUAGAUAGGGGUGGCGGAGCUUCUCCUCGACGUGAGGAUCAUUUUGCAACUUGAAUCGUCGAAAUCCGUUACCUAAGGAGAAUUCAAGUGAAGAUCAAGCUAGAGAUUUUAUUAAGGAGAUUAUCACAAUUUAAGAUGAUUAUGAUUAUGAAGAUUGAUGUACUUGCUGCCCGAGUGUUCCGCUAGUUGCACACGUUUGAUUAAUUAUUGUUGUUUAAAUUUGUAAUCCAUAAACUUGUUUUAAGCUUUAUCCAAUGGCUACUUGAAUUUAUGGUGGAUAGCCUGUGCACUCAAUCAUGUAUAGGUUGAGUGUGGCAGUGACACACCUGUUUUUCCAUUAAAGACUUCCGCUGUACUCUAAAUAUGUUUUAUAAUAAAGAUGUUUUCAUUUCAAAAUGUUAUUUUAUUUUGGUGGGAAAAAUGGGGGUGUUACAAUAUGGCCAUUGCUGAAGCGGCCAAAGAGUUGAUAUGGUUGAAGAACUUUCUUUCGGAGUUGGGCAUGGAACAGGGGGAUUGCGGUCUAUACUAUGACAACCAGAGUGCUAUUCAUCUCGCGAAGAAUCCAGUGUUUCACAGCAGAACGAAACACAUCAAGAUGCGAUACCAUUUUAUCCGAGAGUUGAUUGAAGACGGUAUCAUAAACUUGAAGAAGAUCCUUGGUACGAAGAAUCCAGCAGACAUGCUUACCAAGGUGGUGACAAAGGAGAAGUUGAAGCUAUGCAUGGCUUCAACUGGCCUUCCAGAUACUUGAUGGGAAGGUGUGAACGAGAGAUAGAGAUCAGGGGUGUUGCAGAGGAUACAUGUUCUUGGAUGGCAGAUGACUGUUGAACAAGCCUCCAAGUGGGAGAUUGUUGAAGAUGGAGCCUUGUUUGGAAUGCAGGAGUAUAUACCCGAUCGGGUAUGUUGGGUUACCCAAUCGGGUAUGAGGUGUUUGAUGGGUCGAGUAUUUCUCUGGUUUCUACACUCGAUCGAGUAUUGAUCAUUACUCGGUCGAGUAUGCGUGUAAGGGUUACUCGGGUUAUAUUCUGGAGUUUAUACUCGAUCGAGUAUGGAGGUAUACUCGGUCGAGUAUGUGUAAAAACACUACUCGGGCAGAAUUCUGGAAUCUAUACUCGAUCGAGUAUGUAUGUAUACUCGAUCGAGUAUACGGGAAAAAUUAAUGACGGGAUUAAUUUUUGGGCCUGCGGCCUUAACCCUUGUUUAGGCUUUCUUAAACCUAUUUAAACAUCCCUAAUGUAUCUGUAAACACACCAGACGCUGGAAUAAUAAUACAUCUCUCUCUCGUUCGCCGUGGACUAGCGUAAUCACACCGAUUGCGUGAACCACGUAAAUUCUU